AUUUCUUAGAAAGAAGAAAAAAAAAAAAAAAAAAAAAAGCUCUCUAUUCUCAUCAUCAUUUUCGUGUUUUACUCAAUCUACCUGUAACUACUACGAUCUUACUUGAACACAGGAUCUGUUGCAUUCAAUCAAAAAGAAAAAAAGAAAAAAAAAUCUAUUUCAUUCAAUCAAAAGAAGAAAAAAACAAAAAGAUUUGUUGAAAUCAUUCUCAAAAAAAAAAUCUGUCUCCUUGAUCUCCAAGGAGAUACGAACCCGAACCUGCCUUUAACUUUCUUUCUUUCUCAAUCACCCGAACCGAACGAUGGCUGAUCAGCUUGAGUUGAUAUCCUACAGUGUGUUUGAAAGCGUCAUAUAUAACUUGACUAUGUUAGCUUCCAGCGACUAUGGAAGGGAUCAUGGGUUCAGUGAUAAAUUGAAUACCCUUUGUGAUAGAAUUAAAAUACUCAAAGAAAAUCUCGUGGAUGCUGAUAAAAUGCAAGAGCUAGAUCGAACAAAACAUAUAUAUAUAGAAGGUCAGAUUUUUGUUAUUGAUGACUUCUGGGAUUUAAUUGUUACUGAAAUUUUGCGUCUAGAUCGUUUUAAGGCAUGCAAUUUAUUCUCUUGCAUGGAUAGAUUUCAUACUCAGUCUGCAAUUGCUCGCAAUAUAUAUCGGUUAGGAAAUAUUAUAGACAAGACAGGAAUGGAUAGGAUUUUGAGUUUUCAGCCGAUGGAAUUUGACUCAGCAAGGAACAUACUUGGUAAUUCUUUCAAUGAAUCUGAUAUAAUUGGAAGAGAAGAUGAGAAAAGGGAAAUAAUAAGGCUGUUGAUGCUACCAGCUGAUGGGAAGGAAAAUAUUUCCAUAAUUGCUAUUGUUGGUAUGGGUGGUAUAGGCAAGACAACUGUUGCCCAGAUGAUAUACAAUGACAGACAAGUCAAAGGUUUCUUUGAUAUCUGCAUAUGGGUCAAUGUUUCUUAUGAUUCUGAUAUCAAAAAUAUUGCAGAUCAAAUUUUAGAUUCAUCCAGUGGAAGCACGAACAAUGAUCAAGACUCACUGGAAACCUGGCAAAAUGAGCUCCGCAAAAAAUUAAAUGGUAAAAAGUAUUUGUUAGUGAUGGAUGACAUCUGGAACGAGAGUAAGGAAAAAUGGACGGAAUUGAAAACUUAUUUGACAAGUGGCGCUCCAGGUACCAAGAUUGUAGUUACAACUCGUAGUGAAAAAGUAGCCGAAGUGAUGGAAGUUUACACAUCGGUUCAUUUGACAAGCUUGAGUGAGGAAGAUUCUUGGUGUUUGUUAAAGAAGUUGGUGUUUAGGAAUGAUGACGAUCCAAGGACCCAUCUACUAGAACCGGUUGGUAAGAAAAUAGGGAAAAAGUGUCGUGGAGUUCCACUAGCAAUUAGAUCGGCGGCACGCGUAUUACAUUCCACAGAUACUGAAAGUGAAUGGAUUUUGGCCUCAAAAUUUAAAAUUGAUAUCAAUAUCAUGUCUUCUCCAGAAACGAGUUACAAGGAUUUGUCGCCUCCUCAAUUGAAACAAUGUUUAGCUUAUUGCUGUAUAUAUCCUAUGGGUUGCGAAAUUGAAAAGAACGAGUUGAUUCAAUUAUGGAUGGCACAAGAUUACCUCGGAUAUAUAAACAGUGAGCUGGAAAUGGAGGAUGUUGGUAAUGGAUUUGUUAAUACUCUUCUGAGGAUGUCAUUUAUCCAAGAUCCAAAAAUGGAUGAAUAUGGAAAUGUAGUUAGUUUUAAAAUGCAUGAAUUCAAAUGCAAUUACGAUGACUUUUUUGAUGAUGGGACAGUCAAUAGACCCACACACAUGUGCUUGUCAUUGGAAUCUCACGCCUUUGAUUUGUUGAGAAGAAGAUAUCCAAAAAGAAUGAGAACAUUUUUACUACAACGGAAAAGUGAUCGAGAAAAUGUUUGGAUGACAAGAGAUCAUUUGUCUGUUGUUGUUAGACUCAAAUAUUUACGUGCGUUGAAUUUGUCCCAUUCUUCUCUUAGGAUGUUUCCAGAUUUAAUUGGUCAGUUGGUACGUUUAAGAUAUCUUGACUUAUCUUGGUGCAUAAAACUAGCAAGGCUUCCCAAAUCGAUUGGAAGGCUUGUUAACUUGCAAACCUUGAAGCUGACUGGUUGUGAGACUCUUGAAUUUUCUACUGAAGUUGUCACGAAGUUAAUCAAUUUGAGGCACCUUGAGAUUCAUCGUUGUAAAGCCUUUGAAGAAAUGAUGCCAACGGGACUAGGGAAAUUGUCAUCGUUGCAAUCGUUAUCAAGCUUCUAUGUUGUGAAUGAUCGGAAGAAGAAAUCUGGGAAACUGAAUGAAUUACAGAACUUAAAUAGUCUGAGAGGCAAUUUAGAGAUUAAUAGACUUGAUCAGGUAAAAGAUGUGAUGCUGGAAACACAACAUGUGAAUUUGAAAGACAAGAAACUCCUUGAGUCCUUGGAUUUAAAUUGGGAGAAUCAGGACAAUAAACAGAACAACUUUCGACUACUAGAAAACCUUUGUCCCCACCAAAAUCUAAAAAGACUGCAUGUGAGGUGGUAUCCAGGUUAUGAGUUUUCAAGUUGGCUUUCUUCUAUAAACCAUCUUUCUUACAUCUCUCUCUUUGGAUUUGAUAAUUGCAAAUCUCUCCCACCAUUAGAGCAUCUCCCAUGUCUCAAGUCUCUUGAGAUAAGUUCUAUGAAAGUAUUGGAGUACAUACACCUUGAAGAGGUGUUUCACACUGCAGCAACAUUCUUCCCGUCAUUGGAGCGGCUCAAGUUUAGUGGUUGUAAGAAUUUCACGGGAUGGCAGAGAAUGAAACGUCAGGUCAGUGUAGAUAAACUCUCGCACCCGCCAUUGGGUCGUCUCUCUCAACUAAUAAUCAACAAAUGCCCAGAGUUGACUGACUUGCCUACUUUUCCAAAUGUUGAGGAAUUGCAGUUGUGUGAAUCUAUGGUGACGCCAUUGAAAGAAACGCUGGAUAUAGCAUCAUCCUCUUCCUCCACUCCUCUUUCCAAGCUCAAGUCACUAAAGAUAGAAGGCAAACUUCCAGAAAUUAGUGUUUUACCAUCUCGGUGGAAACAAAACCUUACUUCCCUUGAGCAUCUUGAAAUUGGAGAUGUUGAUAAUUUAGAUAUUUGGUUUGAGGACAACUUCCCUUCUCUGCAGAAAGUUGUGGUAUAUGGUUGUGAUUUACAAGCUUUGCCACAGAAGAUGUGUGACUUGUCAUCACUUCAGCAUGUCAAGAUGAUGGGAUGCCAUAAAUUGGCGUCAUUGCCAAAAGAAAUGGUUAACCUUAACAAAUUGGUUACACUAGAAAUCUGGGAUUGUCCCCUCUUGGUUGAACGAUGCCAGAGUGAAACAGGAGUAGAUUGGCCCCAAGUUAAACAUGUCCAAAACAUAAUUUUGAAGGAAAAUUUGAGGCAGUAAAGGUUCUAUUGAAGACAAAAAGGUGCAGUUUUCAUUCAUCAAGCUUCAGGGGAAGAAGAAGUGACUCUAGCUUGGUUGUGUGAGCUUUCAAGAAUAUGGACAUUGUUUCCUGGAAGUUUAAAGAUGGAAUAAUUGCAUUAAUUUGUCUUCUCGCAUGCGUUUCUAUUGCUCUCAUAUUUUCAGGGAUUGUGUAGUUUAUGUUGUGUUGUUGUUUCUUUGCACUACACUCUUUUUUCCUAUACCAUAUUUUAUGGUAAGGUUUUUAACGAGGUAGUUGAUGUUCUUGUACAAUAUUGUUACUUUGGGUAUUGAUCUAGUCUCGCAAUCUUUAUUUUUUCUAUCUUUAUUUUAA